AUGACCAAAAAAGAGUCGAGAGUCGCAAAGGAUAAUAGCAAUACUGGUGUUCGGAAGAACGUCUGUAAGUUGUAGACCACUAACAGACUCGUUGCCGGACAACCCAUACGCUGCCGUUAAGCUGUCAUAGCACCAAGGUCGAUCGUGUGUGUGUGUGUGUGUGUGUGUGUGUGUGUGCUUGUGUGUGUGUUUUGAGGCAGUUGAGGAGGAUGAUAGCGAAGAUCUUACCGGUGACGUUCAGCGGGGAGAUGCCGCGGAGAUUGUUGCACACUUGACGGUCUCCCUUUCGCUUGUAGAGAUACACGAUAAAGAGGGCCUUCAGCCCGAAAGCCAGUGUGGCGUCCGUCGCCACCGCGGGACCUCGGACAUGGUCUUCGCAGCCCGCCAAAUUCAGGAGAAGUGCCAGGAGAUGCGGACCCACCUGUACUCUACCUUCGUGGACCUGACGAAAGCCUUCGACAUGGUGAAUCGUGAAGGACUGUGGAAGAUCAUGCAGAAAUUCGGCUGUCCGGAGCGAUUCACUCAGAUGGUGCGUCAGCUGCACGACGGUAUGAUGGCGCGAGUCACAGACAACGGAGCUGUCUCAGAGGCAUUCGCAGUGACCAACGGAGUGAAGCAGGGAUGCGUGCUGGCGCCUACCCUCUUCAGUCUCAUGUUCUCUGUCAUGCUGAUGGACGCCUACCGCGACGGCCGCCCCGGGAUCUGCAUCGCCUACAGGACGGACGGUCACUUCCUGAAUCGACGGCGCAUGAACUUCCAAUCGCGCGUAUCCACAACCACCGUGCACGAACUACUCUUCGCCGAAGACUGCGCCCUGAACACCACCUCGGAAGAGUAG